CCCUGCCCAUGGCAGGGGAUUGGAACUGGAUGGGCUUUGAGGUCCUUUCCAACUCAAAGCAUUCCACGAUUCUCUGAUUCCUGGUGCUGCCAGAGCAGGGUUGGUACCGGUACCACAGGCUCUCCCCAGCCUCCUCCUUUGCCCAACAAACUGAGGGAAUGCUUUUGUUCUUCUCUGGCGGCACUCAGACCGGAGCUGCUGGGAGCAUCUUAGUGGGAAAUGUUCACUGUAAGCCGUUUUUGCGAAGAACAGAGCACUUCUGUGCUCCCAGCCUCCUUUUUAAACUGCAGAUCUUUCCUGCUAAUUAGCCUGUCUUGGUCUACAUAGCCCUAAUUAUUCCAUUUGGCCUUAAAUCCUGACUGCUCCAGCUACGAUGUGUUCAAAUGGAUCUUGUGGCAUUUGCAAUUAUUUUUAGGGUGAACUUUUGAAUAUAUUUACAUAACUAAAUCAGAUCAAGAUAGCAGGAAGAGGCAGAUGAGCCCUUUUCUUUUUAACGCUGAAAAAAAAUGCCAGAACUGUUUGUUGUUCCCUCUGAUUUACAUCUAAACAAAUGGGCCUGCAUUUGACUUUUUGACUUGUCUGUGGUAUGUGGGCAUGCAUUUGAAAUGGUUUAACCUUAACCAAGCGGUGGGUCAGGAUGUUAACAGCGGUGCUGAAUUGCCACAAAAGUACUUUUGGUGGUGAUGAUCCUUUGCUGCUGGGAUGGGAAACGCAUGCCUGGCGGGGCAGAGGCACUGCCUCGUGUCCUGGCAAUCUGAUGGUUUAAACACAAGUGGAUAAAAGCGCAGUGAGUGGAUGGUAAGCGGGUGACCUGGUGAGCAGUUGACCACCAUUCCAGGUAGGUGGAGUGGAAUGUCAGGGGUUGGAAGGGAAACGGAGCAAGCCCUCCAGCAUCUGGUUGCUUGUGGGGCUGGCUCUGGUGGCAGGUAGGGCAGGGAGGCUGCCUGGCUCUGGGGCAGCUCCCCUGCUUGCUCCCUGCCGCAAAGGGGCUUUGCACCACCCGCUGCUGAAUGUUCUCUUUCACGGAGAGAUUCGAGAGGAGAAAAACGUAUUUUCUGAAGCAGUUCUUUGGACUGUCAACAAAACAAAACGCAUGGACGCCCCGUUCCUUCCACUCUAUUCAGCUCCCACCCCAGCCACAUAACCACAAAGGACUUGAAAUCCCUGGGUGAGCCCAGGGGAGGGAUUGCAAAACCUGUGCUCACAAAUGGAGCAGAAAGGGGGAGGGUGUGAGAAGCAGUGCCAGCGUUCCCAGGAGUCCCUCCCAGGGAGACGGCACAGCAGGGGACUUGCAGAAACUGCUGCCUUCCUGCUGGGGAUCCUAGCGAGAGGCAGAAACCCCCAAAAGCCUUAAUGCCAGAUGAAGCCUUCAAGGAUUUUUGCAUAAGAUGCCCGUUGGGUUGAACACUUGCUAGCGGAAAGCUGAAGCGUGGUCGCCAGCCUGUGCGGAGAAGAACAGAAUGCGGGUCACCAUGAGGAGGGUGUUACUGGUAGUGGGCUCGGUGGUCGCCCUGAUGGUGACUCUGCACCUCGGCCAGCAGGUCCUGGAGUGCCAGCAGGUCCUAAGCGAGAGGAGGCACAGGCUGAUGAGACCUGAAAACGAGGAGCUGGUCAUGAUGGACUCCAACCACGUCGAGUACCGUUACAGCAAGGAGAUGCCCUUGAUCUUCAUUGGCGGGGUCCCUCGGAGCGGCACAACACUGAUGAGGGCUAUGCUCGAUGCCCACCCUGAGGUGCGCUGCGGAGAGGAGACUCGCAUCAUCCCCCGCGUGCUGGCGAUGCGGCAGGCCUGGUCCAAAUCGGGGCGAGAGAAGAUGCGCCUGGAUGAAGCGGGGGUGACGGACCAAGUUUUGGAUGCCGCUAUGCAGGCCUUUAUACUGGAAGUGAUUGCCAAGCACGGCGAGCCAGCCAGGUAUUUGUGUAACAAGGACCCCUUCACGCUGAAGUCUUCUGUCUACCUGUCCAGGCUGUUCCCCAAUUCCAAAUUCCUCUUGAUGGUUCGAGAUGGCCGAGCUUCGGUCCAUUCUAUGAUCACACGGAAAGUGACGAUCGCGGGCUUCGACCUGAACAGCUACCGAGACUGCCUGACCAAGUGGAACAAAGCCAUCGAGGUGAUGUACUCACAGUGCUUGGAGAUUGGGCGGUCCCGGUGCCUGCCCGUCUACUACGAGCAGCUGGUUCUGCACCCCGAGCAGUCCAUGCAGGCCAUCAUGAAGUUCCUGGACAUCUCCUGGAGCGACACGGUGCUGCACCACGAGGAGCUGAUAGGGAAGCCUGGUGGAGUGUCGCUUUCCAAGAUAGAAAGAUCAACAGACCAGGUUAUCAAGCCGGUGAACAUGGAGGCGUUAUCUAAAUGGAUCGGGCAUAUCCCAGGGGAUGUGCUGCAGGACAUGGCCCACAUUGCACCGAUGCUCGCCAGGCUUGGCUACGAUCCCUAUGCCAACCCGCCCAACUACGGCCACCCCGACCCCUUAGUUGUCAACAACACGCACAGAGUUUUAAAAGGGGAUUAUAAAACGCCAGCCAAUUUGAAAGGUCAUCUGCAGGUGACUCAGAACACAUCAUCUUCUCACUAAGAAAAUUAAUGAUUUCCAGAAUGCUGCAAAUGGCCUUUUGUUGUCCAACAAAGAAGAGUUUGCAAUGGCACCAGUGGAAAUCGGUUAUCCAAGCAUAUUGCUUGCUAAUACUAUUGCCAAAAUGACUGCUCCACGAGGAAUGUAUUUGCAUUUAUUUGCAAAGGCCAAACGUUUGACAGGCUGGAUCCCCGUUGUCCGCUGUCUCCGAGCGCUCCGUGGUGGAAGCACCUGUGGGAAUCCGCACCAGAGGGAGUUGGCGUGCAGCCGGAGGAGAUGCCGUGUGCUGUGGCCAGAGGACUCAUUAGGUCGCGUGUAGAUGUCCGUGACACCGUUCUCUCAUGGCAGGAUCAGCGAUCGCUGCCCUGACCCUGUCAAGCCCUUGUCAUGCGAGUGACCCCCUCCCCGUCCCAGCCCUUCACUGUGACUUACAGAGGCUAUUGCAGAGUUAAUAUAUGAGCCCGCCCCCCUCCCCGCCUCCUUCCUUUGUUGCACAUCAUUAAACUAUUGUUUUAAUAUUGUA